ACAACUUGCGACUGUAAAAACUAAACUCGAAAGACUAGUGGCUUGCUUCUUAGUUCAACAAACAUCGUCAAGGCGGACGGCAGCGAUAAAAUUAUGCGGUGUUACAGAAUCCAGUUGUUUGUGGUUUGUUCACUACUUUUCUUCAUUAAUAUUAACGCACAAUUCUUUCCAGAACGAAGAUCGCCAUGUACAACACCUAACGGCGACAUAGCUCGAUGUAUCCCAAUUAGCUCCUGUCCGAUUCUUUAUGACGCUGUCACCACUCGAGAUAAACAGCAAUUAAAAUUUUUAAAAGAAUCACAGUGUGGGUAUGGCCGCGACCCAUUGGUUUGUUGUGGACUUCAUAACAACUAUCGUUUGAAUCCUGGCGAUUUUGCCUAUGAUGAUGAACCUUUUAGUUGGGGUAACUCUCAUCAUAGAAGAAAUUCAGGAUCAAACAAUUGGGACAACGACGAUACUUCAAACAAUAGAAGAACAAAUAACAAUAAUAAUAAUGAAUGGAGCACCAGUAGUACAAAUGAUUGGGGUAGUAACAACAGAAGAAGAACAACAACUCAAAGGACAAAUUCAGAAGAAUCUGGUUGGGGCACUAGUGAUAGACCAAAUAGAAGAACAAGUAGUGAUGAUUGGACUAGUAGUAACAAUAAUAGACGAAGGACAACACAAAGAACAAAUUCGGAGGAAUCUAAUUUUGAAAGAGAAAAUGACAGAAGUAAUUCGGGUUCAGGUGGCAAUAGACGAACAAAUCAAAAUUCUAGUAGUAAUAGCAAGCUACCUGAUAGGUCUUCUUGUGGAAUUCAGGAAGUUGACCGAAUUCUCGAUGGCCAAGCAACCGACUUGCGAGAAUUUCCAUGGAUGGUUUUGUUGCAAUACCGUAAAAAGUCUGGGAAUUUAGUGUUUUCUUGUGGUGGAACUCUUAUUUCUCCUCGCUACGUUUUAACAGCAGCUCAUUGCGUUCGAGGACAAAUCCUUACAAAAAUCGGGCCAUUGGUCAAUGUCAGACUAGGCGAAUACAACACUGAAACAGAACGAGACUGUAGCAACCAACUAGGAUUUGAAAUUUGUAACGAAAAACCAAUAGAUUCAGAAAUUGAUAAAGUAAUACCCCAUCCUGAUUACAGCGAUAACAGUGCUGAUAGAUAUCAUGAUAUCGCUUUAAUCAAAUUGAAACGAAAAGUCUCAUACACCGAUUUCAUCAAACCCAUAUGUUUGCCAGGGAAAUCAGAAAAAUCAAGUGUUGGAGAACGAUUAGUGGUAGCAGGAUGGGGUCGAACAGAAUACGCCAGUAACAGUCCUGUUAAACUAAAACUCUGGGUUCCUGUAGCAGAAACAUCCCAGUGUUCGAGAAAAUUUAAAUCGGCUGGGGUGACGUUAGGGAAUAAACAAUUGUGUGCUGGAGGAGAACAAGGCAAAGAUUCUUGUAAUGGUGACAGUGGUGGACCUUUGAUGGCAACCACAAAUGGUACAGCGCAAUGGUACAUUGAAGGGAUUGUUUCAUUUGGAGCAAGAUGUGGUAGUGAAGGAUGGCCAGGAAUUUAUACCCGAGUGUCAGAAUAUCUCGACUGGAUUAGAAACAAUGCCAAUUAAACUGGCUCCUCACUGUUAUUUUUAACGUGUAUAUUUAUUUAUGAUAUCACUUAAUUAAGUUUCGAAUAAAACAUAAAAUUAACGGA